UAUAUUUUGGGUAGUACUGAGUGUGUAUGUGUGUGUGUGUUUUGUGGUGGUCUGAAAAUGGCGGCCCGGAGCGGAGCGCUUUAACUUUAUCUCACAAUAACAAUGAUAACAAACUACACCGAUAAAAUUAUUUAAGAUGGAUACAAACUUCGUUGUGAGCGCAUAGAAGCCAUUCUAUCGGACAACGGACGGAACACAAAAACCAAGGUCAUGGGUGACCAAAAGCAACGUUACAGCAAUCGCUUGCGUACUGGGACACGGAGGCGUUAUCAGGAUGACGGGAUCUCGGACGAUGAGAUCGAAGGGAAGAGGACCUUCGACUUGGAUGAGAAGCUGCAGAGCAACAGGUUCAACUCCGACCUGGUUAAACGCAUGGAGGGAAAAGACUUUACGUUUGAGUACAUCCAAAGGGAGGGGCUGAGGGACCCGCUCAUCUUUGAAACGAAAGAUGGUCUUGGCUUAGAGAUGCCAGACUCUGAUUUCAGUGUGAGUGAUGUUAAGCUGUUUGUAGGCAGCAGGCGGAUCGUUGACGUGAUGGACGUGACGACACAGAAAGGCAUGGAGAUGUCCAUGGCCCAGUGGAGACGUUACUAUGAGACCCCUCCCUCAGAGCGGGACAAGCUCUACAACGUCAUCAGCCUGGAGUUCAGCCACACCAAGCUGGAGAACCUGGUGAAACGCCCCACCUCAGUGGACAUGAUCGACUGGGUGGACAACAUGUGGCCCCGGCACCUGAAGGAGAGGCAGAGAGACUCCACCAACUCCAUUAUAGACAUGCAGUAUCCCAAAGUGCAGAAGUACUGUCUGAUGAGUGUCCAGGGCUGCUUCACGGACUUCCACGUUGACUUCGGCGGUACAUCAGUCUGGUAUCACAUCCUCCGAGGUGGCAAGGUGUUCUGGCUUAUCCCACCCACGCCCCAGAACCUGGAGCUGUAUGAGAACUGGGUGUUGUCAGGGAAACAAGGGGACAUCUUCCUGGGAGACAAGGCCACGGAUUGUCAGAGGAUAGAACUGAAGCAGGGCUACACCUUUAUGAUCCCCUCUGGGUGGAUCCAUGCGGUCUACACCCCUGAGGACACACUUGUGUUUGGGGGAAACUUCCUCCACAGCUUCAAUAUCCCCAUGCAGCUUAACAUCUACAACAUUGAAGACCGCACUCGAGUCCCCGCUAAGUUUCGAUAUCCGUUCUACUAUGAGAUGUGCUGGUAUGUGCUGGAGAGAUACCUCUACUGCCUAACAAACACCUCCCACCUCACCCCAGAGUUCCAGAAGCACUCGCUCGGGAUUGGACUGACCCGUAAAGACCGAGAGAAGAAACUCAACGGCAACUUGCGAAACGGUUCAUCGGAGGAGGUCAAAGUGGACGAGGUGGGCGAGGGAGACGACGAGCUUAAAGAGAAAGGCGAGGUACCGGUCAAAGCCGAAGAGUCGGAGGAAGAGUGUCCCGUCGCAGCCAAGCCGGGGUUGAGGGUGAGCCUCACUCCGCUGGAGCUGGAGGGGCUGUGGAACCUCCUUGGGAAGCUGGAGGAGCUUCCAGCCCACAAGAAGUGUGUCCCCGCGGGCAUCCGCAACGCCCCUGCCCUGCUCCACGACAUACGGGCCCUCUUGCGGGAGCACAGCAACGACGACCCCCAGAUGUCCUACACUGGGAAGCCCAUCGUCAAGUGGCCCCAGAGGCCCUCGUGGUACCAGCCCCCCUCGCCCCCUCCCUCGGUGGUGUACCGGCCGCGCCUGGGCACUCCCCACAAGAGCGCGGUCCCUCGACCCGUCAGGCCGGCCUCCUCCAUCUCGGCGCUGAGGAGGCGACGGGUACGCUGUAAGCUCUGCGCGGCGUGCCAGAGGAAGGAGUGUGGGGAGUGCAACUUCUGCAAGGACAUGAGGAGGUUCGGAGGCCCGGGGCGCAUGAAGAAGGGCUGUGUCAUGCGCCAGUGUCUCGCUCCUGGCCUUCCCAACUCAGCGGUCUGUGCUCUGUGCGGAGAGGGCCAGGAGAAACAGGAGUCCGCGGACGCCAGCCCUGACUCCACAACACUCAUGGAGUGCUCCAACUGUGCUCAGAUCACCCACCCCGACUGCAUCAAGGUACCUGGGGAGGGCCGGAUCAAUAAGGACCUUCCCAGCUGCUGGGAGUGUCCCAAAUGUUACCAGGGCAACGAAGGCUCCUCGUCAGAGUCGUUAACCAGUGACGAGGACACCAUGGCCGCCACGCCCUCUCCUAUGUCCAUGUCGUCGAAGCGUGCCCACCGCGAGGGCAUCGGAGUAGGGGAGGCCGGAGGUGGGAUGAGGACGGGUCGACGUGGCAGGCCCCCCCUGGCGUCCUCCCUGUCCCAGCGGAGAGCGCCCCCUCCCUCUCAGCGGCUGCUACUGCAGCAACAGCAGAACAGGAAGCGAGCCGGAGCCCUGGAGCUUCGGCUGAGAAAGAGGAUAAAACUGGAGCGCAGCAAAAUCUUAACAUCGAAACAGGUGUUGUCCCAGGACCGGUCUCCUAAGCAUUUAGGCUCCCGAAGUCAGGGCCUCCUCCAGAGGGGUGUGUCCUCUCGCCUCCACUCUCCCGUCGGCAGACUGUCUCGGGGCCGCGGCUCCUUCCGAGGCUCCCCCUACCGCUCCUCUCCCGGGACGCGCCUCCAGACCCACCAACCCAGCCUCAGCCUGGCCCCUGCCGGCAGGGGAGAAGGACGCAGGGAGCGGGGGAGGGGGAGAGGAGUUCGCUUCAGAGGAGGAGGAGGAGGUUCUGGCAGAGGAAGAGGAGGGCAGAGACAAAGAGCGGAGGAGGACGACACUGACAGCAGCAGCAGCAGCAGCAGCAGCUCCAGUAGUGACGAGGAGGAGGAGGCAGAGAGGAGAGAGAGCAGCGCGAGGGGAGGAAGACGGGACAAAGAAAACAGGCCACAGAGACGAGGAAGAGCAGCAGCCAAAGAGGAGGAAGAGGAGAGUGCGGAGUCCAACCAAAACGGAGAAGAGGAAGAGGAGAUGGAGGACGACGGGGGCGAAGGAGGUCAUGCUCACGUGGAGCCGCCGGUCCUUGUGGUGUCGGACCUCGGCGACGACCUAAUGAAGGGCUCAUAUCUCACGGUGACCCUCCAGCCAUCGAGGGCCAAGCGUGACCCGGGCGCCAUCGUCCCCAAACUGGAGGCUGCGGUUGCGCCCCGCCCGGCCCCCCCCGGCCAGAGUUAUGCCCAGAACCGGAACCUGGCCAGGCCACCCCUCAGGAACCACGCCCCCGACGCCGGGCCGUCGCGCCCGGACAGGCAUGUGCACCCCCGGAGCAGUGGCCCCGCGGCGACGCGCAGAGGCCGGCGAGACGAGAUGAGGCCCGGCGAACCCGGGAGAACAAACAAUGGUGCUUCCUCCUCCAUCUCCUCCGCUGCCCUGGUUCCUUCACCGCGCCUCCCUCUGUCUGCCUUACAGGAUGGGGAGAGGGAGGUAGCCAAAGGGGGGGGUGAGCCAGGCUGUGAGAGGGAGGUGUGGGUGUCCGUCUUCCGUUACCUGACUCGAGCCGAGCUCUGUGUCUGCAUGGCCGUCUGCAAGAACUGGUACAAAUGGAGUCUGGACAAGAGGCUCUGGAUGCGUAUCGAUCUGAGCGUGUCUAAAGCCAUCAGUCCCCAGGCCCUGUCGGGCAUCAUCAAACGCCAGCCGUUGACCCUUGACCUCUCGUGGACGUCCAUCUCUAAGAAACAACUCUCCUGGCUCAUCCACCGCCUGCCAGCGCUGAAGGACCUCAUGUUGUCUGGCUGUUCCUGGUCUUCCAUUUCGGCUCUGAGCUCACCCAGUUGCCCCCUCCUGCGCACCCUGGACCUGCGGUGGGCCGACGGGGUGAAGGACGGACAGAUCCGGGACCUGCUCAACCCCCCGGGCUGCAAUAACCACAGCCAUUUAAGGAACAUGCAGUCUUUCCGGCUGUCGGGGCUAGACAUCAGCGACUCCACCCUGAGGCUGGUGAUCCGGCACAUGCCCCUGCUGACCCGACUGGACCUGUCCCACUGCCCAGGCGUCACGGACCAGUCUGUCAACCUCCUCACCGCCGUGGGCUCCUCCACACGCAACACGCUCGCCGAGCUCAACCUGGCAGGCUGCUGUAAGCUGACGGACGCGUGUCUCUGGUACCUCCGUCGGCUAUCCUGCCUCUCGCUGCUCGACCUGCGGGAAUGCAAGGGCGUGUCCCGCAAAGCGUGUGAGGCCUUCAUCUCCGAGCUGUCCGUCAACACCCUCUACUGCCUAUCGGAGGACAAGCUGAUCCAGCGGAUAUCCUAGAGCCCGCCUCCCUUGGUUUGGGGCAGGGGCACAGAGACAGGCUGAGGACGGAACUGUGUGCCAGAGGAGGACCGCGGGUUGAUGGGAGCCUUUAAAGCACCUGCACUCUAAAGGGAGCGGGAAUCGGCGAGUGCUUAGCUAUGACUCACUUAGUGGGAGCAGGGCAGUGCAGGGUUUCUUUCCAUGUUGUAUACAUUUUUUUCCCCCCCUCCCGUUGUUGACUAAACCAGACAAGAGACUCAGGAGUUUAGGGUUCAGGCGCCUACGCUGAGUGAUCAAGUUGGCGGUGGGGAGCGGAGGAGGGAGGUUCCUGUGAUGGUGGCGGUGGGGGGGGA